AUGGUUGCGCCCGCCGUCGCCGACGAUGUCACCGAAGAGCGGGAGGCGCGUCGGCGUGAGUUGAAGGCGUGCAUGGCCGUGGAGGCCACGGAGGACGUGGAGGCACUGCGGACGGCGCUCGAGGCGGCCAAGGAAGUCAGGCUGGAGAAGGAGGACGUGCUCCCAGCCGAGACGCUGCUGCGGAGGCUGGACGGCAAGUUCCAGCCGCUGACGUUCAGCGACGUGUCGCACGCCGACGUUCUGCGGCUGAACGCGGCCAGGUCCCGAGAGAGCGUGGUGGCGAUCUUGCUGCAGUGCUUCCGCGUCCAGCUGGAGUCCAGCUUCUUGUCGGAGAUCAUCGCCGAGUUCCACUACCACAACUACCUCUUCUGCCAGCGGUCCAGGUGGUGCGCAGAGAAGACGUCCACGCUGCUCUCCCUCAUGGGAACCGUCUUCUCCCGGGCGAUGGACGGGGAGUGCCCGGUGAAGCAAGCGAGAGCCUUGCUCAACGGGUUGGUCGCGAGGCACAGCAGGCAGCUGCCUCCCUUCAGCCUCGGCGUGUUCUCCGCCCAAGAGGCGACUGCCGUCCGGGAGCACGCAGAGAGGACCCUCUUCCGCCACUACGACAUGUAUGUUUUCUGCGUUCGGGGCGUGCGCGCUCGGGAGACGGAUCUCUGCGUCCGCACCGUGCGACAGCGCGUAGCCAACGAGAUGGUGGAGCCCGUAGAGCUGCUGACCUCGCACGAGGUGAACCCGCGGGAGGUCCCCGAGCUAGGACUUCUUCCACGAUCCCGCCGCGGAGGCGGCCGCCCGCGCCGCGGCCGAGCUGGAGCAGCGCCGGCUGGCGGAGGAGGCGGCCGCCGCGGCCGCCCAGGACCCCGUGGAGGACGGCCCCGAGGCGGAAGUCGCCGCCGCGAUCGACGCUGCCAUGGCGGACCACGUCGGGGGCCUCGAGGCCCGCUUCGCCGCCGCGCCAGAGGCGGUUCCGUGACGGCCGAAGGCGUGAGGUCGAAGAAGGAAACUUGUUGUUCCUCUGAUGAGCGGCGCGCGGCGAGGAUUGCCUUUCACUUGCAACGGUUAGCGCGCGCGCUGCCGCGCGUGCAACAUGCGGGGAGUGCCUGGCGCGAGGUUGCACGGGGAGGGUUGGCUUCCCCGUGCCAGGGAGCUGUAAUCUGUCAUUUAGAGUUCCAAGAGGCCUCCGAGAGGUUCUGA